CCACAUCGUCAGAGCUAGACAAUUGAUAUUACUUAAUAUAUAAUUAGUAAUCAUAUAAGUAAUCAGUAAUUUCUCCUGUAAUUCAUCUUAAGUAUUACAGAAGUUGGGCUUAGGUUCAAAAGUACAAGUAAGGAAUGCAAUAGCUAAUGGGGAGAAUGUAAAUUGUUAACCGAAUAAAAUAAUAAAGAUAAUUACUGUAACAUGUUUUAAGAUAAUCUCAUCUUCAAGUAGUUCUGAAGUAAGUUUUAAAUGCUAGUAAUUUAGAUAUUGCAAUCUAUGUUCUACCAACGUUAUUAAUCCGAGAAAAUCGUGCAUGUUUUUAUACAUUUUGUCGGCUGUGAAAACUGUUACAUUUAUGGUAAUAAUUGAAAAAAAUAUUUCAGUUCUAAAUUUAGGUUGAUAUGGACGAGUAAUUCUCUGCAGUUGUCAUUGAAGGCCAGUGAAGACACCUGAAUGGACCUGAAGACGUCGCGUUGUUUUCUACUCGGCAUGGCUGUGACAUUUGUGUCUUCUAAAUCGUGCUUUUAUUCAAUUUUUAUGUGUUUUCACUUAUUUUGUGCAUUCUGAGCGAACGUAAUUUGGAUACUUUAGAGGAAGCUCCGAAAGUUGACGAUGUCGGACGAGGAGGGAGAACAGGAAAAGCCGUUCGCGGUGGAGCGCGCGGUAACCGGCCGCGCGAAAUGCAAGAAGUGUAAGUGCAUCAUCGAUAAGAAUUCGGUGAGGAUCGCGAAGCUGAUGGCGAAUCCGUUCACUGAGGGCAAGAUGAAGGCGUGGCAUCACGUGACCUGCCUGUUCGAGGUGUUUGCGAGGCAGAGAGCCACCACCAAGAGGAUAGACGACCCCGCAGAGGACAUCAGCGGCUGGGAUGAUCUCUGCGACGAGGACAAGAAGAUCGUCCUUCAGAAGAUAGAGGAUUUCGAGAAUUCUAGCCCGUUCAAGACUGUAAAAGCGAAGAAGGAUGAAUCAGUUUCCCCGAAGAAACGUAAACCACCCCCCAGCGAGUCUAACACACCAGUCAGCAAGAGGGUAAAGCAAACGAAAGAGAACAGCGCCGCGUCCUCCAACGAGGAUUUGCCGUCUACUUCGAGUUCGAACUCGAAGAAAGGUCACGAGACAGAAACAGGUCCGCACAGAGACGACACUUUCCAUGAGUUUCAGAGGGUUUGCCGCGACGUGGCCAAAGUUGACGCCUACACCGACAAGACGGCUGUCGUGAAGAGACUGCUGACUAAAGGAUCGGAUGGUGGUGGAUUCAAGAGUGACGUGACUCUCUGGUGCAAACUGCUACUACCUCAUUCAGUGAAAAGAGUGUACAACCUGCGGGACAAGCAGCUCCUGAAGCUGUUCUCUCGUUUGCUGCACCAGGAUGAGGACGAGAUGCUGGAACACCUGGAAAAGGGCGACGUGUCCGAAACGAUACGUGUAUUCUUCCUGAAAUCCAUGGCUAUCAAACGUGCCGACAAAUCCGUGCUUACGAUUCAAGAGGUGGACGAGUUUUUGGAGAAGCUGUCGUGCUUGACCAAAGAGGACGAGCAACUCCAACACUUUCGAUCGAUUGUUUCCAGAUGCACCGGAAAUGACUUGAAGACGAUCGUGCGUCUCAUCAAGCACGAACUGAGGAUUAACGCUGGCCCGAAGCACAUACUGGAAGCUGUGCACGAGAAAGCCUACGCGGCCUUCCAAACCUCGAGGGACCUAAACAGAGUCAUCGAGCGGUGUUGGCAAGGUUCCUCGACCUCUGACAGAUUUGGGAACCCUUCUUCCUCUACUUCGGGAGUUCGUACGGACAAUAAAGUGGCCCUGUCCCUUAUGACACCAGUUUUACCGAUGUUGGCAGAAGCUUGCAAGUCUGUAGAGAUGGCGAUGAAGAAGUGUCCUAAUGGGAUGCUGUCCGAGGUGAAGUACGACGGAGAACGUGUCCAGGUCCACAAAAGGGGUAGCGACUUUCGAUACUUCAGCAGAUCUCUGAAACCUGUGCUCGCCCACAAAGUGAAACAUUUCAAGGAUUACAUUCAGGAAGCUUUUCCAGAUGGCGACGAUCUUAUUCUAGACUCCGAAAUUCUCAUGAUAGAUACCAAUACUGGACAGCCGUUGCCUUUCGGCAGCUUAGGCAUUCACAAGAAAGCUGAGUUCAAAGACGCCAACGUUUGUCUGUUCGUGUUCGAUUGCAUUUACUACAACGGAGACGUUCUCCUCCACAAGACUAUGACGGAGCGCAGGCGAAUUUUGAGGGAGAGAAUGACCGAGAUACCUAACAGAAUAAUGCUCUCCGAGGUUCAGGAAGUCCACGAUCCGCAAGAUUUGACUAAAAUGAUCGCCAAGGUUCUCAAACUGGGUCUAGAAGGAUUGGUCCUGAAAGACAUCAAUGGCAAAUAUGAGCCAGGCAAGAGACACUGGCUGAAGGUGAAGAAGGACUACCUGUUUGGCGGUGCUAUGGCUGAUACUGCAGAUCUCGUCGUGCUCGGCGCGUGGUACGGCACUGGGAACAAAGGUGGAUUGAUGUCUGUAUUCCUGAUGGGUUGCUACGACGAGGAUCGCCAAGUCUGGGUGACAGUAACCAAAGUUCACACAGGACAUGACGAUGCGACUCUGACGGUGCUCCAGGACGAGCUCGAUAUGGUCAAAAUAAGUAAAGAUCCAAACAAGGUGCCCUCGUGGUUGCGAGUGAACAAGCCAAUGAUUCCUGACUUCGUCGCUAAGGAUCCUAAGAAGCAGCCUGUGUGGGAAAUAACGGGAGCAGAGUUCACGAAUCACGGUGUCCACACCGCGGACAGUAUCAGCAUCAGGUUUCCAAGGGUGACUCGUAUCCGCGAUGACAAGGAUUGGUCUACCGCCACCAGUCUAAAGGAGCUAAGGAAUCUGUUCAAGAAAAGCUCAGAGUCGAUAGAUCUUAGUCUUCUCUUGCCUUCGAGCUCCAAAGUCAAAGAGGAAAUGGACGAAAUUAAACCGAUUAAGCUUGAGAUUUCCCCCAAAACGAAAACGAAAGUCGACAGGAAAUUAAAGCAACCAGAGAAUGAGGAACAGGACGUAAAGCCUUCGACGUCUAGGAUGCUGAAUGUACAGCGAAAACGCGACGGGGAUAGCGAGGAGUUCGAUAUCAACAAAAAAAUUAAAAAAGAAGUAAAUAGUGAGGAGGAAAGCAACGGCACUCGCAAGGAGGAUAAGGAACGAGCGGAGUUUUAUGCAUUUGUCAACAAGGAUUAUGUAGAAUACUCUGCUGACGGGACUCCAUUGAACUGGGUCGAGGGUCGAAAACCAGCGCAUGGUCUUCCAUCUGAUGCGAAACCUUUGUCCAGCCUUACCGACAACGAAUUGAAGUCCAAAACCAUCCUGAAGGGUAUUCCUGUCGUCCUGGUGGGAAGCUUUAAAAAGAAGAAGCAGAAGCACGCUAGCAUGUUGCUGAAGACUCUCGGAGCUAAACUCCUGAGGGACCACGAUAGAUCCAAAGCGACGCACGUGAUCCACCCUGGUACGGAGAUCUUGUCCACAGCGAUCCAGCAGUUCGGAGACGCGUCGAAGACGGCGCGACACGUCAGCGUCGGUUGGCUGGAGGCGUCCGCCGCGGCGUCGCAAGUGCAGGAGACGAUAGCACACGCCGUGGAGCUGGCUGCUGAUUACUGCACUUGUUCCUGUCGACAUCGAUGACGACUUUUCCCUUUUUCGUCACCCUUAUCCGUUUGGAUCUGCAUCGAAAUCAUGGUAGGACAUUUUUACUAAACUUAUGGCAUGUAAUUUGUCCCGUGAAACUUAACAAAUACUGUACGCUUGGUGGAAAGAUUGUGAUGAUUUCGAAGUGAUGAUUUUCAUUAGAAUAACAAAUAAAUUCGUAUGAAGUAUCUUUACUCUUGUUCUUCGUUUAUUACGUCUAAUCUUCUUCAAAAUUUUAACUUCCUCUUAUCAUUUUUCUUCCGAUGUGUGACUCUGUGUAACUCUAGAAUAUUGCCUAUACAAAGACGAUUGUGAAUUAUACCAGGGUGACAAGUAUAUCUUCUUAUUUGCCAAUUUUUCAAUAAUUACUACACCUGUCUUUGCUAUCUAAUCAUGAACUACACUGAGAGUUGGAUAUCGAUUACAUCUGUAACUUCGUGAUCAGUUGCUGUAAUCGCAAUUAUAGAUGAAUGACGCAU